AUCCCACACACCAUGAUGAUGCCCCGCCGGCCCUUUUUCUCUGUCCCGUGCCUGGAAAUAUCUGACCGUUCCUGAAGUGCCACACUCGGCAUUAUAUAUCGGCAUUAUAAACCAGGUCACUAUCAAGCCAAGCCAACGAUGCUGGGAGCAUUCAGAUCGAGUCAAGUGGCUCUAGGAGGAUUAUUAUGGAAACGAUCAUGGCGCAUGUCAACGACUCAGAAACAAGGACAGAGAGAUCGAUUAAGAAGAGUCGAUAAUGUCAUUGCGUGCGUCGCGGAGAGCAACGUCAAGUUUAGGGCCUUGGACAAAGCGUUGGCAUUACCGACAGAGCAUGAGAUGCUUCCAAAAGACAAAUACACCACGUUCAGUCACAAGGGGAGGAAAUUUAGAAAGGGACAGCAUCACGUCCCAAAGUGGACCAGGUUGACGAUGAGAACAAAUCCAAAGGGUUUCUAGGUCUCUCGUUUCUCUCACCUGCACAUACAGACAGCAUUCAUACGACAUCCAUCUUGUAUAUUACCAGCGCAU